CUGGAAGCAGCUGCAAAGAAUAGUGCCCUCCGUAGGGCUGUUGGCCAUUGACUUACAUUACUCGGCGCGUUAACAGCUGGGAGCUGGGGUCGUGCGCGCGCCGUUGCCGUGCACACGACCUAGUGGUGCUUGUUUCUGUCUUCUCCGUGGAAGAUUUCACGCGCAGCCAUCACGGCACUACCGGGCACGCGCUAUCCACUCCCGUCAACACAAGAGCUCAGUCGGGGGGAGGGGAAGGCGUUCCGAAGAGCGGCACUGCUCUCCCCAUCUGUGCUCCCGGGUACCAACGGCAGACAGGCUUGGAAACGGAUUUUUUUAGGGAUUAAUACUGGGAGCGAGUCUACAUCCAGAAGGUGGGGUCGGAGCUAGCAAGAAUUGGUCUGAAGAGAGGAUUGCAACCACAGGAGGCUGCUGACAGCACGGCCCAGCGUGAGCAACCCGGUCUGGAGGAGGGAAGCUUAGAUUUUCACACCAGCAGCAGCCUUGGAGUGCACUUACUAAACCUUAGUACAGCAGGAACAUUGGGGGCUCUGGUUGCCUUUGACGGGGGGUUGCAUUUGGAGUUCGUCUCCAUUAUCAUUUUUUUCCGGCCGUGAUUUUGCUGAAAAUUCCCAGCUGGACCAUGGCUGACGACGACGUGCUGUUUGAAGAUGUGUACGAGCUUUGUGAGGUUAUAGGAAAGGGCCCAUUCAGUGUUGUGCGAAGAUGUAUAAACAGGGAAACAGGGCAACAGUUUGCUGUAAAGAUAGUCGAUGUAGCGAAGUUCACUUCAAGCCCAGGUCUAAGCACAGAAGAUCUCAAGAGGGAAGCAAGUAUCUGUCACAUGCUGAAGCAUCCGCAUAUUGUGGAAUUGCUGGAGACGUACAGCUCAGAUGGCAUGCUAUAUAUGGUCUUCGAAUUCAUGGAUGGUGCAGAUUUGUGCUUUGAGAUCGUGAAGCGAGCUGACGCUGGUUUUGUCUACAGUGAAGCAGUAGCCAGCCAUUACAUGCGACAGAUACUGGAAGCACUCCGCUAUUGCCAUGAUAACAACAUAAUUCACAGAGACGUAAAGCCUCAUUGUGUAUUAUUGGCAUCAAAGGAGAACUCUGCACCUGUAAAGCUAGGUGGGUUUGGAGUAGCUAUUCAGCUGGGAGAAUCAGGACUUGUAGCUGGAGGUCGAGUAGGAACACCCCAUUUCAUGGCACCAGAGGUGGUAAAAAGAGAACCUUAUGGGAAGCCUGUAGAUGUCUGGGGUUGUGGAGUGAUACUUUUUAUCCUACUUAGUGGUUGUUUACCAUUUUAUGGAACCAAGGAGCGGUUAUUUGAGGGCAUCAUCAAAGGAAAAUACAAGAUGAACCCCAGACAGUGGAGUCAUAUUUCUGAAAGUGCCAAAGACCUGGUGCGACGUAUGCUUAUGUUGGACCCUGCUGAAAGAAUAACAGUUUACGAAGCACUCAAUCAUCCUUGGCUUAAGGAGAGAGAUCGCUAUGCAUACAAGAUUCAUCUUCCUGAAACAGUAGAACAACUAAGAAAAUUUAAUGCAAGAAGAAAAUUAAAGGGGGCAGUACUAGCAGCUGUAUCCAGCCACAAGUUCAAUUCCUUCUAUGGGGACCCUCCUGAGGAGUUGCCAGACUUUUCCGAAGACCCCACAUCCUCAGGAUUACUAGCUGCAGAAAGAGCAGUAUCACAGGUGCUAGACAGCCUAGAAGAGAUCCAUGCACUUACCGACUGCAGUGAGAAGGACCUAGAUUUUCUGCACAGCGUUUUCCAAGAUCAGCACCUUCACACUUUGUUGGAUCUAUACGACAAGAUUAAUACAAAGUCAUCACCACAAAUCAGGAAUCCCCCAAGCGAUGCUGUACAGAGAGCCAAAGAGGUACUGGAAGAAAUUUCUUGUUACCCAGAGAACAGUGAUGCCCAAGAAUUAAAACGAAUUCUAACGCAGCCUCAUUUCAUGGCCUUGCUGCAGACUCAUGACGUAGUAGCACAUGAGGUUUACAGCGACGAAGCACUGAGAGUUACACCUCCUCCUACCUCCCCGUAUCUUAACGGAGAUUCUCCAGAAAGUGCCAACGGAGACAUGGACAUGGAGAAUGUUACACGAGUUCGUCUGGUCCAGUUUCAGAAGAAUACAGAUGAGCCAAUGGGUAUCACAUUAAAAAUGAAUGAACUGAACCACUGUAUUGUAGCAAGAAUAAUGCAUGGUGGGAUGAUUCAUAGACAAGGUACGCUUCACGUUGGUGAUGAAAUACGGGAAAUUAAUGGAAUCAGUGUAGCAAACCAGACAGUUGAACAACUUCAGAAGAUGUUGAGGGAAAUGCGAGGGAGCAUCACCUUCAAGAUUGUGCCAAGUUAUCGUAUGCAGUCUUCGUCUUGUGAGAGAGAUUCCCCUUCCACAUCCAGGCAGUCCCCAGCUAAUGGUCAUAGCAACACCAACAAUUCCAUUUCGGACUUACCAUCAGCUAUCCAUUCAAAAGGACGACAGAUAUAUGUAAGAGCCCAGUUUGAGUAUGAUCCUGCCAAGGAUGACCUCAUCCCCUGCAAAGAGGCUGGUGUCAGAUUUCGAGUUGGGGACAUUAUCCAGAUCAUCAGCAAGGAUGACCACAACUGGUGGCAGGGUAAAUUAGAAAAUUCAAAAAAUGGUACUGCGGGCCUCAUCCCAUCUCCAGAGCUCCAAGAGUGGCGUGUAGCUUGUAUAGCCAUGGAGAAGACUAAACAGGAGCAGCAAGCAAGCUGUACCUGGUUUGGAAAGAAGAAGAAGCAAUAUAAAGACAAAUAUCUAGCAAAGCACAAUGCAGUAUUUGAUCAACUAGAUCUUGUCACUUAUGAAGAAGUAGUAAAACUGCCUGCCUUCAAAAGGAAAACACUAGUCUUGUUAGGUGCACAUGGGGUUGGUAGACGACAUAUUAAAAACACGCUCAUCACAAAACACCCUGACAGAUUUGCUUAUCCCAUUCCACAUACGACAAGAGCUGCAAAGAAAGAUGAAGAAAAUGGGAAAAAUUACUAUUUUGUAUCAUAUGACCAAAUGAUGCAAGAUAUAUCCAAUAAUGAAUAUUUAGAAUAUGGCAGCCAUGAGGAUGCCAUGUAUGGGACUAAACUGGAAACAAUACGCAAGAUCCAUGAACAGGGACUUAUUGCAAUUCUAGAUGUAGAACCACAGGCAUUGAAAGUGCUGAGAACGGCAGAAUUUGCUCCUUUUGUAGUUUUUAUUGCUGCACCUACAAUCACCCCAGGUUUAAAUGAGGAUGAGUCUCUUCAGCGCCUGCAGAAAGAGUCGGAAAUCCUACAGAAAACAUAUGCACACUACUUUGACCUAACUAUUAUCAACAAUGAAAUUGAUGAAACAAUCCGGCACCUGGAAGAAGCCAUUGAGUUGGUGUGCACUAUCCCGCAGUGGGUCCCUGUUUCUUGGGUCUAUUAGAAGUACCUACUAGACAACCUGACGGACUUCAGCAUUCCUUGGAUCACCAGGAACAUUUUAAAAACAAAAACCUUUGUGACUGACCUUACAAGAACAAGUUUCUCGGGCCCCAAGGGACUACCUAGAUGUAGUGCGACAUACAUUUAUAAUUAUGUUGUCAUGUUCGGAUAGAUAGGAGGAAAAUUUUAUAACAUGUAUUUAAAGAGACAGUAUCGUUUUUAUUAGUUCACCAGAGUUUUAUUACAAAACAUACAAAAAUGCAAAACAUAUCUUGUGAAUAUGUGCAUUAAUUAAGCUAUUUGGAAAGUUUAGAAAAAAUACUUUUGAUUUUAAAAGCCCCUUAAAAACUGCACAGUGAAAUGCUGCUUUCUAUUAUAUUCUAUUUUGGUAUGAAAUUCCUUACAUUAUAAGGGGGUUAAACACUACAUUAUUUUUACAUUUUUUAUGGAUUGAAUUAACUUGCUUUCUUUUAUUUAUUUUAAAUACUUAUUUUUAAUCAGAAAAGAAGGAGCAAGUUGGUACAGUAAGAAAUAUCCUGUAGGAUUUCUGCUUUGAAUAAUUUAUGUGUGUAACAUGGAACACCUAAGCAAUGAGAUACUGUCUCUUUGAAGAAUUCUGUAAACAUUUUAGAGAUUUGAAUUGGGUCUUAAUGCAUGUGGAGAGUCGCAAGCGUUCAUGCUGUCGGUGUAUCUGUGUCAAACAAAACUGUAAUCUACAGCAACGUACAUUCCGUUGGUUGGAAAAUGUACCCAAGGGAACUAUAUAUAUUAAAUCUAAGUUGUAAACCUAUGCACAUCCCUUGCAUUUUGGGCAACUUUAUAAAAAAGAAAAUUAAUUUUUUUAUUAUUGCUCAUGUAGUGAAAAUGUGUUUGUAAUUUUGUCUCAGUUUUAAUUUGUCGUGGGGGGAGGGUUGCAAGGGAGAAAUAACAGACUGGUUUCACCAUUUCAGAUCUGUGUUGUCCGAGAGUAUUAAUGUUUUAAUUAAGUUUAAUCAAAAAUGCUGAUUUUUAUUAUCUAUGUAAUUGUUUAUAAAAUGCACACAUUUUGAAAGUAAAUACCGUGCAAUGAAGUCACUGGUUUGGGUGUUUUGAUGCACACAGUAGGCAUCUCAAAUAGAUUAGUUACACCUUCCCUGUGAAUUCCUGCCGAAUGAAUAACAACCAACACUACAGCCUCAUAUGUAUAUUUAACACACUUUCUUUAAUGUGGUCAACAGCAACAUGCUUUGAGUUAUUUCUUUGACUUAUCCAUCAUCAUUACUGCUUUGUCAGCCUUUUUUUUUCCAUUUCCCAUGUAAAGGGUCUAACAGUGUAGGUUUUAAUUAGAGCCACUACUGUUUUCUAAGAGAUUGCUAAUCAGUCAUUGAUUAUUUUCAGAUUUUUCCAAGUCAUAUUAUCUUAAGUGAGAGUUCUCACCAGUUAGAAAUCAGCAGAUGUUUACUUUGCAGAUACUGCAAAAAAAAAAAAAAAAAAAAAAAAUCAGAAAGUUCCAACAUGUAAGGAGUAACCUGUAAAGGUAGGCAGAGGCGAAGCACAUGGAACAAACAUCAGAAAACGUAAGAUUAUAAAGACUGGCAUAGGUGUGACUAUGGUAUGUGAUUGUACAUUGUUUGUUGUCUUUCUUCCUCCUUCAUGUUACAUGUGCUGCUUGGGUAGUUUUAUCUUGGCAAAGCCAUGUAAAAUGGUUACAUUCUUUUCAUGGAAACACUGCCAUAGUUAGCUGCUAGGGUUUGGGGUUCAAAGCAGAAUAAAUUCUGUUCCCUUUCCCUUCUUUAAUCUAAAUUUCUUGUCUAACCUAGGUUUACAGAUUAAUGUAUUGGCUGAAAUACCGGAUAUGUUUCUCUUUUUUUUUUUAGGUUUGUAUUGGGAGGAAGCAUGCUUCUGCUUCGAGGUUGCUGUACAGUGUUUGAUUAUUUUCUCCAUAUACUGAACAAAGAACAGAAAUGAAAUGAAUGGUCUUCUUUGUUUGCAGACAAAACAAUGUUCUUUAAAUGCUCACUAGACAUUGAGUGACUUAGAGAAGUAAUCACUAAGACUGAUCCUUGGUGCUGCUGAAAACUUGCUGAAAGAUGAUCUGGAUGUUUACACUAAAAAGAGCAUCUGGCUGGUUAUAUCCUUGAAGCAAGGCAGAGUAACAUAAUUUUGUUCCUGCUAGCAGGCUGUAGUGAUGUGCAGGUUAAGUGGUGCCCGGCCAGAAUUUUGAAUGUGCUGCAGACAUUGUAUUAUGGUAAAAAUUAGAGGUGCAGUACAGAUGGUGCCAACUCACAAUAAGGUGUACCCCAAGGGAAAAAAUGUAUGCUUAGAUCCUUUUUCAGUCAUCCUUAAAAGGCUACAUGACUAAAAAAUUAUUGUUUUGUUUCAGCAUGCAUAUAAAAUUAUUGUUUCACAAGAAAAGGAAACCACGAUACUCCCAAAUUUGUAUAUCCGUCAGCUUUUAUUUGUUCAGAAACCAUAAGCAUUGAUGUGGGCAGUAGUCCUACAUAGUAUUUCAUCUUCUAUACUGUUUCAGAAAUCUGAUCAGUUGUUAAUGCUUUUUUAUGAUGUCUUUUUUUAUUGAUGUAGACUAAAACAAUCAGGAAAAUGUUCUGUAAAUACUGUAAGUUAAUAUACCAGAAACAAGAGACCAAUCUCACAAGGUCCGAUCUGUUGAAAGGGAGCACAACUGUAUGGAUAGCACAAGUUACACUGCAAUGUUUGAUCUUUACAGCAUCUAAGAAACAUGUUAAAGUCUUUGUUCCUAAUGUAGGUCUUCCAGAAGAAAAUCGCUGGAAGAUAGUGGGUUUCAAAAUUUAUUACCUAAAAUAAAACCAAAUUACUUUA